AGGCAAUCAUCACUCUUAACAGUUUAGAAGAUCAGUUUAUCCCUCUGCAUCACCUGUCAAGCAGCUGCAGGAGCCCAACUGGCACAGUCCACGAGAAGACAGGCAGUCUUUUGUCACUCAAACAAAAUGGCAACUUGUGUUCGGCGCUUGACGCUGACGACGCUGCUGCUGCUGCUGCUGCAGACAUCAAUCGUGCUGAGCAAACCACGGCACCACCACAACCACGGACAGUGUCUCCUGCAGCAGGCGCGGGGAGAGGUGAAGCAGAUGAGACACUACUGCGACGGCCAGCCAGAGGCUCACCGAGUCUUCCCAGGAAUCCCGCUCUUUUCGCUCUGUAAACGCGACUUCAACGCCAUCCGGGACUUUGCCUUAGAUCCUCAGGAUACGGUGAAGAAGUGCUGCAGGAGCCCAGAUCACGUCAAGUGCUCCGACGAGGAGUGGAGAGUAGUGCUGCUGGCUCGAUACAUCCGCGUCCUGUGCGACUUGAUUCACUGCCAGAGCACGCCUCCCGGGUCCUAAGAUAUGGCCAUCCCCAGGACACACACACACACGCAUACACGUCAUUUUCUUCACGGCUUCGGAUCGUGUUUAUGCAAAUAAUGGGAAGCAUACGCGUUAGAGAGUCUUGGCUAUGUCUCCUAAGCGAGAGGACUCAGACGGUCGGUAAACGGAUACUUGCGUAGAGUUCCGUUCAGCGUAUAUCUCUUGGUUUCGAGGUGUGCUGAGCUCUUAGGGAUAACAGGACCAAUGAGUUCACGCUCUUUCAACGUCACUAAGAACGAGUUCCCUAACCUGCUUUGGCGUUCAGAAAAUACAUCGUGUGAUUUCCAGACCUAACACACACACACACACACACACACACACACACACACACACACACACACACACA